AUGCGUACGGAUAAUUUGGUUAUCGCGCUUGGAAUCUUUCUACGUUUUAACAUUUAUGCGGUCAUAUUCUUCCUUCUCUGUGUUGCCGAACGCGCAUUCCAACAGCGAUAUUUCUACGCCAAAAACUUCUUCGCUUUAACGUCAAGUCAUCGUGCUCGAAGGUAUUGUAUUCCGCAUCUGCGUUUGAACAAAGUUGCCCACAUAAAGUGUUGGCUCACACUUCGAUCCUACCUCAAGAAGCGCGGACCACAGCGCUCCGUGGAAUGCAUCGUUACAGCAACAUUCUAUCUCGCCUUCGGAUUCGGUCUCCUAUUCUGUUAUCAAUUCCUA